AUGGAGGAACAACAGUCCGGCUGGGAGCAUUCCCUCAACGCACCCAUGACACUAUCCCAGCUUGACUACGAUGUGCUGUCCGUUAUCGUAUCUCACCUACGCAUCCGGGAUGCUUUCAAUCUGGCGCUCGCCGCACGCGAAUUUCAAGAUGUCGCCUUGCGUAAGGCCCUGGCGGUCGUGUCCAUACGAAGCAACGAUCACCUGGCACAAGUCCGCGCGUACAUGCUUGCAGACGUUCACGGUCGCUUGCAGCACAUGCGCGAGCUGACCGUGCACCUCACGAUCUUCCUGCAAGGUGGUAACUACGUUAAUCGCGACGAUCCGUACGGUGCUAGGACACCAGCCGGGCAUUUGGCAGACCUCUUGGGGCAGGCCCACAAUCUGAGACGAGUCUCCCUGUCUCCCGUGGAUAUCCUGGUGCAGUCCGAGCCGCGUGUGGGGAGUGCACUUACUGCGCUUCCGCUGCUCACGACCAUCGACCUAAAAUGCUUAGGACCCAAUUCGGUCGAUCUGCUCGGACAAAUGCAGAACAACCCGAUCACUGUCCAGCUGGGGUGUAACUCCACACAUUUUCUCCCCCUUAUCUACAGGAUGUCUGCUAUGCAGUCGCUGCGCACUAUGCAGCUAGAGCUGUCCAUGGGGUACAUGGGGCAGGGCACAUUCCCUGCAUCUGCAGAUCACCGUCCCCAGUGGCCCACAGUGCAUACACUGAUACUGUCGUCCUGCGACGCAUCAAUGACCGAAUGCGUGCGCGCAUUCCCUGGGCUGCGCGUAUUGCGCCUGCUGGGCUUCGACCGGCAUCCGGAAGUUCGCCCCACGAUAUGCUGGCCGAGCCUCGAUUUCGUCGAAGCCGACGUGCAAUACUUCCUGCAUUGGCACAUCUCCUGCCCAGUUCACCACUUGUCCCUCCAUCCUGUCCUCGCGAAACCCAGGAUACAAGUACAAUGGAGCUAUACGGAAGACGGGGGAAAGUUCCUCCCGACUGCGCUGAAUGUGAUAAAGAACACAUCACCUGUAGUGCUCACUCUCAGCAUCAUGCCAUACCCCCGCUUGGCGGACAUGUUCUGGACCACCUUGGUCAAAUUCACACCACGCCUGCGCUGCCUGGAAGUCGAGCUCUGCGAGUUUCGGGACGCGGUAGAUCUGUACAGCAAUCUUCUGCUGUGGAUGAACACCACGCUUCCCAUAAUGGGGAACUGCACCGAGUUAUUGCAGAUUGACAUCCGUAUCAAUCCCACCAUGGCUCGGUACGUCAACGAUGCGGGCCGCUACCUAGGCCCAACCACUGCGCUAGAAUCCUCCUUCGAAGUCGCGCAGGAGUACGCCCAGCUGGUCGUGAAGCAUAUACCCUCUAUCCACCUAUUGUCCAUCGGCUUCGCCGCGAGGGUUAUCAUCAAUGGGCCUAACAGGACUUCGUUUCCGCCCUGCCCAUGGUGGUGGCGGGUCGAAUUCACUUCGGAUGGUCGCGUUCCACAGCCUAUUGAGCCUGACCUGGCGGGGCAGAUCCGAUCCGAUCUUGCUAUAGACAUCCGGGAUUAA